AUGUCCGCCAGCAUGUUCUCUCGCAGGGCCAUGCAGGUUACUACCCGGCGAUUGGUUGCCGCAAACCCCUCCGCCUUUAGCAAGACUGCUCUGUCAAGAUUACCCGCUCCGGCAGUUAUAGCAACAGGACAACAUCUUCAGUACAGACAAGCAGCCACUACAACCACUUCUCAAGAAGCGGGCUCCGAGAUCCUUGCCGCCCAACGUCGCAACCGCCCUGUCUCGCCACACCUCUCCAUCUACCAACCACAGAUAACCUGGUACCUAUCCAUCCUACACCGUAUUACGGGUGCAUCACUCUCGGGAGCAAUCUACGUCUUCGGCGCCGCAUACCUGGUAUCUCCAUUAUUCGGCUGGCACCUGGAAUCCGCCUCCCUGGCCGCAAGUUUCGCAACGCUGCCGAUGUUUUUGAAAAUCGGACUCAAGUCUCUCAUAGCGUUUCCUUUCACCUUCCACUGUUUCAACGGCCUGAGGCACUUGGUCUGGGAUACCGGUUCUGCUUUCACCAAUAAGCAGGUGAUCCAGACAGGUUGGACGGUCGUGGGCCUGAGUGUAGCAAGCGCAUUGGCUUUGACUUUUAUGUGA